AUGCGUCGUAAUGCUGAUUCAACAUUUGGACCACAACCAUUACGUAUUGGUAUACUUGGCUUUGGUCAUCUUGGGCAAUUUCUUUGUACACAUUUUGAACGUGAACGUACAAAACCAACACGUGAUUUUGAUCUUAUAUUUAUUUGGAAUCGUUCGAAAACUAUUUUCACAAAAUAUGGCAAAGAAUUGAAUCAAGCAUUAGUUGUUUCAACUGUUCAAGAAGGUUUACAACGUUUACCUGAUUUAGUUGUUGAAGUAGCACAUCCAGAUGUUAUAAAAACAUAUGCUGAACAAAUACUUGAUGUUUGUGAUCUAUUUAUUGGAUCACCAACAGCUCUUGCUUAUGCACCACUCGAAGCUAGAUUAAGAAAAAAAAGUAUCGAAACAGGACAAACUAUUUACAUAGCAAGUGGUGCUUUUUGGGGUGCAGAAGAUAUUGUUAAAAUGAGUGAACGUGAUUUAGUUCGUUGUUUAACUAUUACUAUGAAGAAACAUCCCGAUUCCUUUAAAUUGAAUGAACCAUUACGUUCAAAACUACUACAUGAACAAGCUAAAGUCGGUAAUAAACAAGAAGAAAUUGUUAUUUAUUCGGGUCCAGUUCGUGAAUUAUGUCGAUUAGCACCAAAUAAUGUCAAUACAAUGGCUAUUGGUGCUAUUGCUGCUGAUCAUCUGGGUUUUGAUGGUGUUCAAGGAUGUUUAAUUGCUGAUUCAUCUUUAACUGAUAGACAUAUUGUUGAAAUUGAAUUGUCUGGACCAGAGACAACACUUGGCGAUAAAAAAAGGCCAACUUUUCAUUUAAAAACAGUAAGAACAAACCCAGCUGAAAUAGGUUUUAUCACUGGGACAGCAACACUUCUUUCGUUUGUCAGUAGUAUUAAACGCGCUAAAGGUCAUAUCACUGGUAUUCAUGUUGUUUAA